UCUUAGGAAAUGACAGACCCGGAACUCAGAUCUUCUGCAAUAGCUGGAAGAGACACCAUGGCUGAGCAGCAGCCCACAGCUGACAGCCCCGGCAAGUUCUCCGUCAUAAUUAGGAUUCAGAAUAGCAAAUCUUUUGCAGUGCCAGUGUCUCUGGACGACAGUGUGCACGAGCUUAAGGCCAAGCUGAGUGCAUGGGACGCCUCCCUGACCCCCGACGGAGUGAGGCUGAUUUACAAUGGCCAACCUAUGGUGGAUGACAUGACCCUGCGACAGUAUAACAUCACACCCAACAGCUCUUUGUUCUGUAUAAAAAGAUUGCGAGGUGGUGGUGGGUAUGUUGACUAUGCAUCUGCAUCUUCAGGCUUAGCCCCACAGGCGCUGUUGGUAGGCUUUCACAAACCUCCGACAGACGAGGCCUCGAGGAGCACAGAGAAGAGCUAUCGCUGCGUGAACCUGGCCUCACCACGGCCGGCAAAGUUCUGCUGCUGCAUGGUAGAGAAUCUUCCAAAAGUGAUGCCGGAGAUAAUCAAAGACUUUUCCGAGUUCCACACUGGGUACCGAGCUUACCUCCCUGGUGCAGGCAUCUUCCAGUGCUCCAUCACGGGCCUCAGCUUUGAAGUGAAUUCAGAAGUGACCAUCACCUACAGAUAUGACACCUGGACUGAGCACCUGAGCAAGGCUGACCAGGAAACAUGGAUGCCCGCUGGACCCCUCUUCCACAUUGAGGUGCAGCCCAGGGUCGUGCAGACGGUGUAUCUCCCCCACUUCAUCUGCCUGGCAGUGCCUUUGCUGUCUCUUGCAGAAGGUGUAAAUACCAGCCUAUGCUCCAUUGCCCAUUUUGAAUCUGAGAGGAUGACCCUGAAGAAACCAACCAGACUGAUCGCUUUCUCUGCAGUCCUGGAGAAUCCCAGCUUCUCACUGCUUGGGGUGCUUUGGAGGAAGUUACGUUCAAACUUAAAUUCACUCCCUAUGCACUCCUUGGUGCUGAUCUUUCAGCAGCUCAAUGCUGCAAAUACGACUCUUCACCUCUACCUGAUCCCAGAUGACAACUCUGUGAAGCAGGCCAUUGAAAAACAAGAGAGGAAUUGGAAUUCAAAGUUUAUUCCCAAGCCUCCUCCACUCAACCCUCUGUUCUUUGGCUGCGUUUACCAGGUGAUCAGUACAAAAUUUGUGGUGAUAAUGCCUGAAGCACACUUGCCGUUUUGCUACAAGAGUCCAAAGGAGCAGCAGCUCUUUGUUGAGAUCUACAUCAGGAACAUGGCAGAGGAAAUUGGACUCUUUAUGACAGACACACGCAAUGGCGCUGUGGUCUGGAGGGCAUCACUGAGAUCAGGUGAUAUUAAUCUUCCUGCCUCUGUCUCCAAGACCUUCUCAGGCACAGCCUUCAUGAAGAAGUACAAGACUGAGCUUUGCUCCAGGAUGAGCCAGCUGUCUACCAUUCUGCUACACUUACGGGAUGUAAACGUCAUCAACAGUGAAGAAGAAGAGGAGGUGCAAAGUCAAGUUACGCAUCAAAGGAGGAACCAGGUUUUGCUGGAGCUUAUUGAGAAGAAAGGGCUGGAGGCCCAGGAACAGCUCUACUGUAUCCUCCAGAAGAAAGACCCAUACCUCAUUGCAGACCUGGAGAAGUCCAACUAGGCCUGGGAAGGCAGGCCACUUUUGCUCCCAUUUCUCAGCUUACGGGAGCAACAGAAGGGCAGUCAGGUUUAACAGCAUAUGGAUCCUCACUUUUCAAGGCAAAAUCCACAGUGCAAAGCAGCGAUAAGCUGUCUGAACUGUCCGGUCUCAAGCCUGCCUUCCUUGGCUGACUCAGCUGCCAGCACUGGACAACCAGUGUCAUGCCAGAGACUGGUGAGAAGCUGCUGGAACAAGACACUUUGAUUCCUGGUCCAGUGCCAACACCUUGGACCUGUCUACUUCCAUGAGACAGGGCCUCUGCCUCUCCAGAAGCUCCAUGCAGCUGCUAGCAGAGGAGCUCCCAUCGCAACAGAUCCCUCCAGCUCAGCCUCCCUGUCCUCAGUGUCCACGGGCACCUCUCACAGCUGGAAGAGAGGAGCUGCUUUACCAGGCAGAGCUGUCUGCAAAGGCUUCUUCUCAUGUGCCAGCCACAGCAAGCCAGAGAUGUUGAUGUGAACCCAUAUUAACAUUAAACCUUGCCCUCGUUCUGCAGUCUCAUUUACCCAAAUGACUAAAACUCACUGAAGGAGCAAACAAACAUCCUGACUCCAGCAGCAGCAGCUGUGUGAAGGAGCUCCUCCCAAAGAAGACACAAAAAAGAGCACAGAUACUAGAUAAAGGUUCAUGCAUCUUCAGGGAAACUCCGACUCAAUGACAGCCACUUUACUUCCAAAAGAAAAUCAGCAGAUUAUUUUUAUAUCCUAUUCUUUGCAUCCAUAAAGUCACUUCCUUUCUGGAUCAUGUAGAUGCCUUCACUGAUGGCAUCCUCCUGCUGUUGAACACGCCAGUCAGGGCAGCAGCAGUCUGCUCUGGUGUCCAGUAUCUAAGAGGUUUUUUUUGGUCAAGCUCAAGUGCAAUUCAGACUUGCCUAAGUGGAAACAGCAACACAAAGGAGCUUCCAGGGAGCGUUGAGUGAAGCGGUCCUCACCAUAUGCUCCAUGACACUGCUGUCUUAAGUAUUGCUUUAUAUUUAUUCCUCCUCUUGAACCUGGAGCACAUCGCUGCUGAAUAACGCUAUAAGAGUGUGUCUCUGCCCCGUUAAGGGUUGACGCUCUUCAAUGCAACUAGGGAUAGUAUGAAAAGGAGGAAGCUGGGAACAAGACCAUGCAGGGACACAGACCUGACCAGCAGAUGACAAGGGAGGCAGUGAAGGGGACCAGACAUCACCACUCACACUAAUUCCUUGGCUAUCCAGAAACCACACUGGGGCUGGCCCUUCCAGGAUGAUCUGCCUGGGCUUCCCAGCUGCUGAGUGUAUGAUCCAGGGAGACCCUGGACAUGGGCUGGGAGGGGUGCAGGAAAGGACCUGUGGGCAUGGGAAGGGGAAGCAGGAGGAACAAAACAAGGGGAGGCAGAAAGUGGUACAAAAGGGGCCACUCAGGUAUAAACCAGGGCUGGUUUGGCUGGGCCCUGUGCCUGAUCACCACAGUCUGUCCUAUCUUUUUAUAUUUUCUUAUUAAAUGUUUUUUUAAACUA